AUGGAAGACUCCUACAAGGAUAGGACCUCACUGAUGAAGGGUGCCAAGGACAUUGCCAAAGAGGUGAAGAAGCAAACAGUGAAGAAGGUGAGCCAGGCAGUGGACCGGGCCCAGGAUGAAUACACCCAGCGGUCCUACAGCCGGUUCCAGGAUGAAGAGGAGGACGAUGACUACUACCCGCCCGGAGAAACCUACAGCGGGGAGGCCAACGAUGACGAGGGCUCCAGCGAGGCCACGGAGGGUCAUGAUGAGGAGGAUGAGAUCUACGAAGGGGAGUACCAGGGCAUCCCCAGCGUGAACCAGGGGAAGGACAGCAUCGUGUCCGUGGGACAGCCCAAAAGAGAUGAGUACAAGGACCGCCGAGAGCUGGAGUCGGAGCGGAGGGCUGACGAGGAAGAGCUGGCCCAGCAGUAUGAGCUCAUCAUCCAGGAGUGUGGCCAUGGUCGUUUCCAGUGGGCGCUCUUCUUUGUCUUGGGCAUGGCUCUCAUGGCGGAUGGUGUGGAGGUGUUUGUGGUGGGCUUCGUGCUACCCAGCGCAGAGACAGACCUCUGCAUACCGAAUUCGGGAUCCGGAUGGCUAGGCAGCAUAGUGUACCUCGGGAUGAUGGUGGGGGCCUUCUUCUGGGGAGGACUGGCAGACAAAGUGGGCAGGAAGCAGUCUCUCCUGAUUUGCAUGUCUGUCAACGGAUUCUUUGCCUUCCUUUCUUCAUUUGUCCAAGGCUAUGGCUUCUUUCUCCUCUGCCGUUUGCUUUCUGGAUUCGGGAUUGGAGGCGCCAUUCCUACAGUGUUCUCCUACUUUGCUGAAGUCCUAGCCCGGGAGAAGCGGGGUGAGCACCUCAGUUGGCUCUGCAUGUUCUGGAUGAUUGGCGGAAUCUACGCGUCAGCCAUGGCCUGGGCCAUCAUCCCACACUACGGGUGGAGCUUCAGCAUGGGCUCAGCCUACCAGUUCCACAGCUGGCGGGUCUUCGUCAUCGUCUGUGCUCUCCCGUGCGUCUCCUCUGUGGUGGCCCUCACCUUCAUGCCGGAAAGCCCUCGCUUCUUGCUGGAGGUGGGAAAACAUGAUGAAGCCUGGAUGAUUCUGAAGCUCAUUCACGAUACCAACAUGAGAGCCCGGGGCCAGCCUGAGAAGGUCUUCACGGUGAAUAAAAUCAAAACUCCCAAGCAAAUUGAUGAGCUGAUUGAGAUAGAGAGCGACACGGGGACGUGGUACAGGAGGUGCUUUGUCCGGAUCCGCACAGAACUGUAUGGGAUUUGGUUGACUUUUAUGAGAUGCUUCAACUACCCAGUCAGGGAAAACACCAUAAAGCUUACGAUUGUUUGGUUCACCCUGUCUUUUGGGUACUAUGGAUUGUCGGUUUGGUUCCCUGAUGUCAUUAAACAUCUGCAGUCUGACGAAUAUGCCCUGCUAACGAAAAACGUGCAAAAAGAUAAAUACGCAAACUUCAGCAUCAACUUCACCAUGGAGAACCAGAUCCACACCGGAAUGGAGUACGACAACGGCAGAUUCCUCGGAGUCAAGUUCAAGUCCGUCACUUUCAAGGAUUCGGUGUUUAAGUCCUGCACCUUUGACGACGUGACCUCAGUCAACACCUACUUCAGGAACUGCACAUUUAUCGAUACCCUUUUUGAGAACACAGAUUUUGAGCCAUAUAAGUUCAUCGACAGUGAAUUUCAAAACUGCUCAUUUCUUCACAACAAGACAGGAUGCCAGAUUACUUUUGAUGAUGACUAUAGCGCCUACUGGAUUUAUUUUGUCAACUUUCUUGGGACGUUGGCAGUGUUGCCAGGCAAUAUAGUGUCUGCUCUGCUGAUGGACAGAAUCGGGCGUUUAACAAUGCUAGGUGGCUCCAUGGUGCUCUCGGGGAUCAGCUGCUUCUUCCUGUGGUUUGGCACCAGUGAAUCAAUGAUGAUCGGCAUGCUGUGUCUGUACAAUGGGCUGACCAUCUCAGCAUGGAAUUCCCUCGACGUCGUCACUGUGGAACUGUAUCCAACAGACCGGAGAGCAACAGGCUUCGGCUUCUUGAAUGCGCUCUGUAAAGCGGCGGCAGUCCUGGGAAACCUAAUAUUCGGCUCCUUGGUCAGCAUUACCAAAGCAAUCCCCAUCCUGCUGGCUUCCACCGUGCUUGUGUGCGGAGGACUCGUGGGGUUGCGCCUGCCCGACACACGAACCCAGGUUCUGAUGUAA